UCAGCUGCGGAUUUCAGUGGCAGAAAGUGCGUUUGAAGACUUGAUGAAAAGAUGAUGCUCUUCUCUCAACAUCGCCACCGUCGCGGACAUGAAUGCAGACCGGUCGUUUUGUAACGAGUCCGUAAACAAGGCCGACUUCACUUACAUGUGUGUGUCUGAUCUGUUCACUGCUGGCAAUGGGCAGAUGCUGCAGAUGCUGCAGAUGCAACGGGAGACUGCUGUGCAUGUGCCUGCUGCCCUGCAUGAUGACCGGCCACCUGCUGAUCUACGUCAUGGUGUCCAUCUUUGUCACCAUCUCCUACUCUCCCCCGAAGAUAACCACGCACUACGUGGCCCCGGGAUUCUCGCCUAACUCCUCCACGCUGGCCUCCCACCCCCUCAGUCCCUUCUGGAACCUCCGUCUGCAGGACAGCGCGCUGUGGAACCGUUUGCAGCACGCCUGGGACCGUCAGCACAAUCCCCUGCUGCGGGGAAACGUGACCGGCGUCAUGAGGAAGCCAAAGGCCAACACGGACACAGAAGUCGAGGACGACUGCGUCUCCGACUGCGUGUCGCAGAAGUGUUUGCUCCCUCGUAUGAACGAUUUUAACGGCCUGCCAGAACAAAUGAAGGCGUUCAUCAGGUCAAUGCACUGCAGGGAGUAUCCCCUCCUGAUUAAUCAGCCUAACAUGUGUCGGAAGAACAACAUCAGCCUUGAUCUGGAGACUCCCAUGCUCCUCAUGGCCGUCAAAUCUCAAGUGGGGAACUUUGAGAACAGGCAGGCCAUCCGCGAGACGUGGGGGCGCAGUGGUUUUGUGAAGGGGGAAUCGAACAGGAAAGGCGGAUUAGUGCGCACAGUGUUUCUUCUCGGAAGACAGGACUCGAGCACGGGCCCCCACCCAGACCUCAAGAACCUUCUGGAUCUGGAGAACCAGAAAUACGGCGACAUCCUGCUGUGGGAUUUCAAAGACACUUUCUUUAACCUGACACUGAAGGACCUGUUGUUUUGGCAGUGGAUGCAGAUACACUGCCCCACCGCCAUGUUCGUGUUCAAAGGCGACGACGAUGUCUUUGUCCGCACCGGCGCGCUUCUGGAUUACCUGCACAAGCAGUGGCAGGAGCUCUACCAGUGGAGACCCCAUACCAACGACAGUGGCGUCGAUUUGUUUGUGGGCGACGUGAUCAACUACGCCAUGCCCAACCGCGAACCGUCCACUAAAUACUACAUUCCGGAGCGCUUCUACAAGGGCGUGUACCCGCCGUACGCAGGCGGAGGAGGCGUGGUCUACUCUGGCUCGCUUGCAUUGCGACUCAAGGAGGUCUCCGAGAGGGUUCGUCUGUUCCCGAUAGACGACGUGUAUCUGGGGAUGUGCCUGCACAGACUCGGGCUCUCACCGAACCAUCACCCGGGGUUUUUGACAUUCGAUCUCCCACAGACAGACAGGGGAAAUCCGUGUGCUUACAGGUCUGUGCUGCUCGUUCACAGACGGACUCCCAAGGAGAUGCUGACGCUGUUCCAGCAGCUCCAGAAUCUGCCCGGGCAGUGCUGACGCUCAUUUGCCUGCCAAAUGAGCGUCACUGAGGGCAGAAGUGAGGCUAUUCCUGCACCACAGGAUAUAUUAUAUUAUGUAUAUUAUAAUGAACUCUCUUGGUCUUUUGAAGUCAUUUUAUGUUUUGUGUUGUAUUUCUACUCUGGAUUAAAAUGAACUGUAUCUUCUUGUGGAGCAGGUGGUAAUGUCUUCAAGUACCUUACGUCAUAGAAGUACCUAACAGGUGUAUCAAGCUAUGGCCGUAGUCUGACUAAGAGAGGCAAUCAUGGAGGAGAAAACCGAUUUAUUGGCCGCGUACGUCUGAUUCCACCUGUGUAGGUGGCACUGUAUCUCUCUAUAAACUCACAUAGUCAAUCAGGCCAGUGUCUGUAAAAACAUCUACAAAACAUCCUUUAUUCCCUCUGCAAUAUCCACCUUAAACAAAAUCAAACAGCCAUCACACCGUACGUGACGUUAUCUGUCGUUGUUGUUGUUCUUUUAACCAUGUUUCCUAUUUUAUUUGACUGCGUUUAUUUUGUGAGUGUGAAAGUGUCUCGAGAGUGUUGAAUGUACUGUAUUUUAUUGUUGCAGCCGUGUCAAAGAAACAUUUCUGUCACUGAUUGGGACACACAAAGAAGUCUAUCUGUCUGUCUGUCUGUCUGUCCGUCUGUCUGUCUAUAAGCUAGUGCAUUGAAUCAGUUUCCUGUUUACCUUUGAUAAACAGGAAACUGUCUAUCAACAAAUGAUAGAUUGUGCUGUGGUUGUGUAUAUUUACAUGUUAAUCCUGAUACAAAUUAGAUGGCGCAUGGCCUCUUGUGGUUGCUUUGGUGUCCGAAGAAAGACGCCGCCGCCGCCGCCGCCGCCGUUGUUUAUACGUUAUCUUCUUCUACUUCCGGGUCAAAAACCUGGGGAGGGAAGUAAGAGUAAUUGGACUAUGAAUCCAGGUAUGUUAGUCUGAUAACUAUUGUCUUAGUCCGACUAAAAUACAGACUUUUAAGAUGGGUUAGGGUUAGGGUUGACUGAGCUAUAACAAGACUGAUCUACCUCAAAGGGUCUCUUUGUUUUGAGGGCAUUACGCUGGAUUCACCGGAACUAUCGGAUGUCAGCAUGUCGGCCAUCGUUGGGUGCGAGUUGCCCGACAAAAACGUUGGUAACUGCCUUGUCUGAGAGCUCCGUCAGAGUGAUUUGAUUGGCUGACGCUCGGAAAAAGUGAACAUUUUUCAACCUCUGCCACUUGAAAGCAAGCAAAGCAAAACGAGCGAAGGACUGCGAUGUAAUAUGUUG